ACUCUUCAGCAUGCUCACUGACCCAUGGCACACACACAAUAGCUGCUCUGUCUUCAAUCCUAAACACCACAGCAAGAGACCAUGUUGAUGCUGGUUUUUCCAAAUUAUGAUACAAAUCCGAGAAUCUCCAUCCACCGGAGUCCACGGUACGGACAUGGAUUUUAGACCACGCAGCUUCCUAGAUGAGAUUUCAAGGAAACGUCAUAAAUUGCACAAUCUGCGGUGUCAGCGUGAAGCGCUGGGCAGCCACAAUACCCGUGCCAUGUUACUUUUAUUGGGUCACCGCGACGGUGUUUGGAGUUCCUCAACUUAAACAGGCUGCUGCUAUGGUGAGGUGUGUCAGCGAUGACUGACGUGGAGGAAGCGACGUUUGAAGACUUCAUCGCUUCACGGCGAACAGGACGCAGGAACGCCAUCCUCCACAUCCCAGAAACCCCCGGGGCACAGGGACCCAGCGACCCGUCACAGGGGCUGGCUGAACUCAGCAUCAGCAAAUCAGGGGAUGAAGGGGAGGAGAGCAAAGAGAGCCAGGAAUCAUCUGCCAAGGGAGAGCAGAAGGAGGAGGAGAGCUGACCGUUUAAUAGAAGAGAUGUGUGGCCUCUAGCUCUCUGGACCUUCAUUCUUAACACCAGGCCAGCCAUUGGCCACCACAGACACUGUACCCGCCCAUAGCUGCUCUCUCAGCCUGUAGCGCGAGCCCCCAAAGGCUUCUGACCCACCAUUGGCCCAGCAACAGGAACUGUCAGGGGUUACCUUGGCUACCACAGCAUAUGCUGCCCUCAAUGCUGGGACAUGUCUCAACAGAGUUGCGUCUCCUCACCCUCUUUACUUCUUGAAUUGCUAAAAGAUGAAUUCUGAUGUUGAACGAUAGCAACAGGGUGAGAGUACUUGACGUUCAUUCACUUAGCUGGGGUCAGUAGAGACAGGAUGCAAAUAAGCCAUUUAAGAAUGUUGGGG